UUACCGAGCGAGCGUGUUGUCUUUGAAACGACAGAGAGAAAUAUGAAGAAAUUUGCUAUUUUAUAAAGUUAAAUGCCGUCUGUGGGCACAAACAACAACUUAACCGUGUACUGCGAGAUUAACACCAGUGUUUAUUUCGUCUGAAAGCGACUCAAGACCUGUAGUCAUGUCAAAAUCAACGAGAUGGGACUCAAAAGAUGAGUCAAAACAUCUACCCAUCUAUAAGCACAAAGCUAAACUCGUUCAGGCUGUCAAAGACAGCACUUUUCUGGUUGUCACCGGAGAGACAGGCAGCGGGAAAACCACACAGCUUCCAAAGUACCUGCAUCAAGCAGGUUUUUGUAAAGAUGGCAAAAUUGGCAUCACCCAGCCCCGCCGGGUGGCUGCCAUCACAGUGGCUCAGAGGGUAGCUCAGGAGAUGCAGUGCACUCUGGGUAGAGAGGUUGGCUACCAAGUACGCUUUGAUGACUGCACAUCAGAGAGCACGGUGGUGAAGUACAUGACAGACGGCUGUUUGCUCAGAGAGAUCCUGGCAGAUCCUGUACUUACUCAGUACAGUGUUGUAAUCUUGGAUGAAGUCCACGAACGCAGCCUCAACACAGACAUCCUUCUGGGUUUGUUGAAGAAAAUGUUCUCCAACCCCGCUAAGGCCACCAAGGGCCGAUCUGUCCCUCUGAAGGUGGUGGUGAUGUCCGCCACCUUGGAAACUGACAAACUUUCAGCCUUUCUCAGCGACUGUCCCGUCUUUGCUAUUCCUGGGAGGACUUUUCCUGUCACCUGCACAUUUGGUUUUGCUGUAGGACCUAAAGACAUAGAGAGCGCCGGUUAUGUAAAAGAGGUUGUCAAAGUGGCCCUUGAUGUGCACACCAGUGAAAUGGCAGGGGAUAUUCUUGUGUUUUUGACAGGUCAGUCAGAGAUUGAGCGUGCCUGUGACAUGCUGUAUGAAAAAGCUGAGUCUAUAGACUACCGCUACGAUGUGGAGGACCAAACAGUGGAGGGCCUUCUUAUUUUGCCCCUUUAUGGAUCCAUGCCCACUGAUCAACAGAGGCAGAUCUUUCAGCCUCCACCACCAGGGAUAAGGAAGUGUGUAGUGGCCACAAACAUCGCAGCAACAUCUCUCACCAUCAACGGCAUAAAGUACAUCGUGGACAGCGGGUUUGUGAAGCAACUCAACCACAACUCACGGGUGGGCAUGGACAUCUUGGAGGUGGUGCCUAUUUCAAAGAGCGAGGCUCAGCAGAGAGCAGGUCGAGCUGGAAGAACCUCGGCCGGGAAAUGCUUUCGAAUCUACACCAAGGAAUUCUGGGAGAAGAGCAUGCCUGAAUACACAGUUCCAGAAAUCCAGAGGACAAGUUUGACUGCAGUGAUACUUACACUCAAGUGUCUGGGUGUUCAUGAUGUCAUUAGGUUCCCUUAUCUGGACUGUCCAGAGGAAAGGUUUAUCCUGGAGGCAUUAAAACAGCUUUACCAAUUUGAUGCCAUCGACAGGAGAGGUAGAGUGACCCAGCUGGGGGAGCUGAUGGUGGAGUUCCCCCUGCACCCAGGCCUUACCAGGGCCCUGCUUAAAGCUGCCUCGCUUGGCUGUCAGGACUUGCUGCUCCCUGUGGCCGCCAUGUUGUCUGUGGAGAACAUUUUCAUCAGACCAGGCCACCCUGAGAAACAGAAAGAGGCUGAUAAACAGCACAGAGAGCUGGCUGCCAAGAGCGGCAGCAUGAACGACUUUGCCACUCUCCUCAGCGUGUUCCAGUCCUGCAAAUCCAGUGACAGACCCUCAGCGUGGUGUAAAGAUAAUUGGAUCCACUGGAGGGCACUGAAGUCAGCCUUUAGUGUGGAGACUCAGCUGCGAGAGAUCCUCCUCCGCCUCCAACAGAAGAGAGAUUUCCCCAUGGAGACAUUUGACGGCAAUAAAAGUGAGGUCUUCAGACGAUGCCUGUGCACGGGAUACUUCACCAACGUUGCCAGAAGGUCUGUUGGAAAGGUGUUUUGCACAAUGGAUGGCCAUGGAUCCAUGGUUCACAUUCAUCCAUCCUCAUCGCUGUUUGACCAGGAAGCUGAGCUGAACUGGAUCAUCUUCCACGAUGUGCUGGUGACCUCACGGGUGUAUAUCAGGACUGUAUGUCCCAUCCGAUACGACUGGGUGAAGGACUUACUGCCUAAACUCCAUGAGGUGGACGUCUAUGAGCUGAGCAGUGUGGCGCGAGAAGAAGUGACCGAUGAGGAGAUGAUAAAAUGGGAGACAAAGGAAGCGGCCAAAAGACAACCAGAGGUUUCUACUGUGGAUGCCAUGAAGAAACUGGAGAAGCGAAAUGACGAAACCUCCGUCAGCGAUGCUCGUGCACGCUACCUGCAACGGAAGCAGCAAAGACAACAAAAUAAAGCCCUUUGACAGAGGGGGCUUGCUUUUGAAGACAUGAUUCAUAUGAUGUAUCACAAA